AUGGGCCUCCCUGAUAAAUUAUGUGGUUGGAUAAGGGCUUGUGUUACCACCCCUAAGUACUCAGUCUCUUUGAAUGAAAGUUUGGUGGGGUACUUUAAGGGUGCUAGAGGGGUUAGACAAAGAGAUCCAUUAUCCUCUUACCUCUUUGUCAUGGUUAUGAAUGUUCUCUCUUCUUUAUUGGAUGUUGCUGCAAAAAGAGGAGUUUUCAAAUAUCAUCCUAAGUGCAACAGGAUCUCCCUUACCCAUAUUUGUUUUGCCGAUGACUUGUUAGUAUUCAGCCAUGGUUCUCUUGAUGUUGUGAUGGGAGUCCUGAGCACUCUAGAGGCUUUCUAUGAGCUUUCAGGAAUUAGACUUAAUGCCCUGAAAACUGAAUUAUAUGCUUGUGGAUUGACUGAACAUGAACUUGAGCAGAUCCAGGCUGGUACAGAAUUCAGAGUGGGGCAACUCCCUGUUAGGUACCUUGGGGUACCUUUGGUAACCAUGAAGCUUACAGGGAAGGAUUGUUCAGCUUUGCUACUGAGCAGACAACUCAUUCUCCCUAAAGGGGUUAUUAGGGACAUUGAGAGAUUAUGCAUGAGAUUCUUUUGGAAACAAAGUGACACCCCGACUAAAGGAGCUCGGGUGAAGGGUCAGCAGUAA